GUCCCUUUCAAAGUUUGUCCGCGCUGGGCUCCCGUCCUUAAAGGAGACGCUGCAAGUGUCCUAACUGUCAUGGCGGCCCCCGCGGAGCCCACUCAGGCCGAGGCGGCCAAGCCUCUCCUGGGGCUCCUCAAUGGCGUCGCUCAGGCCACCUUCUACGGGAACGCGGAGAUCACGGAGGCGCUCCUGAGGGAGCAGCUCUUCCCGGACAUGGCGCCGCAAGAAUUCGGAGUCCUGCUGGCCAAAAUGACGGGCAUCGUCAAGUCGAUAGCAUCUGCUGACAUGGAUUCAAAUCAACUAGAGGCAUUUUUGACGGCACAGAAAAAGAAACCAGGAGGCAUCACGAGUGAUCAAGCUGCAGCUAUUGCAAAAUUUUGGAGGAACCACAGAAUGAAAAUCCGAGACAACUUGAUAAAUCAAAGUAAAUGGGAAAAUACACUCAGAAACUUAAGCUGGAGAGUAGAUUUCAAGUCUCAGUCAAGAAAUAUUGACCAAUUAAGCAGUCCUGUAGUGAUAGUCGAAAUGGAACUUGGAAAAAGUGGACUGGUGAGUGCUGUUUAUCUUGCUUUAUCGGUUUGGAAAAUGUUACUUAAAGGUGGGGCUUGUAGAACAUGUUGACCAUUGUCCAACCUAGCAAAUACGACUGAAUUGAAAACACAAAAGAAAA